CUCCUAACGCCCUAAACCAACAACCGUCCAGCGCAACAGGGCUGAACCGCGUUAACCAAUUACAAGUCCCCCCCGACCAAUUAACAAUUAACCAGGCAAGCUUCAUUCAAUCUAGACCCGAAGCUUUCCAACGCCAACUAUCCUUCACAAUUCCCCUAGCUACCAAUCCACCAAUUCGAAGUCGAUAAAUUACAUACCCUGCUUACAAUAUGGCACAGGGUUACAGCAUCUUCGUCGGCCUCGCCAUCGUGGCCGCCCUCUGCGUCGCAGCUUGGGCCUUCUCGCCAAAGGGCGAAAACCAGACGACGUGGCGCUCCUCUCUCAUCCUCGCAUUCGUCAGCUGCUACCUGAUGUGGUUCAUCACCUUCAUGGCCCAACUGCACCCGCUUAUCGAGCCGAGACGGUCUACCGUCCGCGAGGGCUUCCAACACGAAUGAGCCGGGCUGGGCUCUGCGCCUCUCCUGACUACGAAGCGAUCUAAUGCGGAAAUGCGGGUUGAAAGGGGUCAAGGACGAUGAAGUUUGUAAGAGUUACGGAAGUCGG